ACAUGUCAUUUUUCAUAAAUAACGUUUCGAAAAUAAAUAAAUACAAUAUGUGGAAUCCAGUUCUUUUAUUUUUUAGAAAUUCUAAACAUACACCCAGAGUUGUACGGUUUAUUAGCAGUUCGAAUUAUCUGAGAAACAAUGUUCAGGAAGAGAAAGAAACACACUUUGGGUUCACGAAUGUUUCAGCUCACGAAAAAUCAGAAAAGGUCUACAAAGUAUUUGCUGAUGUUGCAGCGAACUACGAUUUGAUGAAUGAUGCCAUGUCUUUUGGAAUUCAUCGAAUGUGGAAGGAUAUUUUCAUUCAACGGUUAGGACCCACCAUGGGUACUCAUUUAUUAGAUAUGGCAGGAGGAACUGGUGAUAUUAGCUUUCGUUUUGCCAACUACUUGAAGUCCGUCCAUAACAAAUCGGUCUCGCCGUUGAGUCAAGUUACUAUAGCUGACAUUAACGAAAAUAUGUUAUCAGUGGGAAAACAACGUGCAAAAGAUUUAAAACUCGAUAAAUUAGAGUACUGCAAAAUAAACUGGGCAGUUGCAAAUGCAGAAAAUCUUCAAUUCGAUGAUGAUUCAUUUAGCGCAUACACCAUUGCAUUCGGUAUAAGAAACGUUACAAAUAUAGAAAAAGCGCUUCUAGAAGCUUAUAGGGUAUUGAAACCAGGAGGACGUUUUAUGUGUUUAGAAUUUAGUCAUCUUGAAAAUAAAACGUUGCAAUGGUUAUAUGACCAAUAUUCUUUUCAAGUUAUUCCACCAAUGGGACAAAUACUAGCCGGGAGUUGGAAACCAUAUCAAUAUUUGGUAGAAAGUAUACGAAAAUUUCCAAACCAGAAUGAGUUUAAAUACAUGAUUGAAGAAGCUGGAUUUAAAAUGGUUACAUAUGAAAACUUAAGCUUAGGCAUAUGUUCAAUUCACUCUGGUUUUAAACUAUGAAUAUAUUUUCUCGACUAAGAAAAUAAAAAUGAUUGCUUCAUUUUGUGGUUGUUUAAGUUAUAUUCUUUUUUUUA